UACAACAUAAAUUAUAUGCAUCCUUGUUUUCUUAAAAAAAAAGACAAAGAAUUACAUGAAAAUCUCUAGUAGUUUAAUAGUUCGUUAAUUUUUAUUUUUAUGGAGAUAAAAUUAUUAAAACUUUAGAUCGCAUACUAAAGUAUAAGUGUGUAUCAACGAAAGAGAGAAUCGAUCUUUUUAAAUAGAUUUAUUCUUAGUUCUUAUUACAGAAUCUAAAUAGAUUCUAAAUAGAUUCUAGGUUACAGAUCUUAAAUAAAUUCCAGUAGGAACAAAUCUGUAAAAAAUAUUGAUUAAUGUCUUCGAUAAAAUACAUUAAUUUGGAAGAAGAAAUGAAGAAGAAUCCCGAGCUAAGGAUGUCGGAUAUACAGAUUCUAAGAGAAUGGUGCGAGAAGCAACCUCACUUGCCAAAAAUUCAGGAUAUCCUGCUUGCUAUAUUUCUGCAGAACAAUUACUUUCGGAUAGAACCGACGAAAAACACAAUUGAGAAUUAUUUUACUAUUAGGACACAUGUGCCGGAAUUUUUUUCCAACAGAGAUCUACUUAAAGUGAAAGAAUUGCAAAAGGCCUUUCAAGUUGUGGCGCAUCUUCAGUUAGAGGGAAAAACGAGGGAGAAUUAUAGCAUUUUGAUGGGACGAUUUCUCAAUUUUGAACCGUCGGAUUACGAUUUUAGUAGUGGAACAAAGGCCGGCUUCAUGUUAAUGGACGAGUUUAUUUGGACUCAUGGCUCGAGUCCUGGAUUGAUCUAUAUUGCCGAUGCCACUGGCGUAUCGCUUGGACAUAUGAAAUGUCUGAAUAUAAUAUUAAUAAAGAAAUUCAUACAUUACGUACAGGAUGCUUUACCGGUGCGUUUAAAAGCGAUUCAUGUCAUAAACACAUCGCCAGUUGUCGAACUAAUAUACAAUAUGUUUAAGCCUUUCAUUAAAACGGAACUGAUAGACUUGAUAUAUUUUCACUCAUCGAUGGAGAGUGCAAGCAAGUACUUUUCAAUAGAAGUACUGCCUAACGAGCUUGGCGGGAAAGCCGGUCCCAUUCAAGAAUUAGCGAACGCGCAAAUAAAGAAGAUUGAAAAUUUCGGCGAAUGGUUUUUGGAAGAUGAAAAAAUCAAUCGAGUGGAUGAAUCAUUGCGAAUCAACAAGAGCAAGGCUUCCAGCGAUUUGUUUGGCGUAGAUGGUAGUUUUAAAAAAUUAGAAAUCGACUGACAAUGAGACAGAAAAUAAUUUUGCACGGAUAUGAAUUGUGCUCUCCAUUAUUAUUGAAGUAAAGAUAUUUUUCCGGAGAAAAUUUUACAUUACGCGUUUCUUUUAAAAUAAAUCAACUUAACCAUGAUUAUACAAUUUAUGCACGAACAGGAAAACACUUGUAAAUGAGAAUAAUAAAAAAUUGUUAUUG